AUGAGUUCAGAAUAAAGAGUUAAAUUAUUAUAAUAGCAAUUUGAAGCUUAUAAAGAAAUGAAUGAAUAAAUAUCUAAUCCCACUGAAUCUCUCUAAUAUUACAAAUAACUAAGUACAAUAGAUAAAUAAAAAUAUAUUGAAAUAUUCUAUGGUCGUAAUUGGAAAUAUAGAUAGAAUCUAUUUGAUAUUGUAAAAAAUAACUAACAUGUUUUCAAACAUCAUCAUCUUGAAGAAUCUACAAGAGAAGAAUAGAGAUAUCAUUCAUUUCAAGCUAUGAGACAUUUUCAUUAAAAACUUGGAGUCACUUAUGAUAUGUUUCUAUCUGAUCCAAAUAUAGUAACAAUAACAUCAGUUGCUAUGUAUAGUUUUGAUCCAGCAGUUUGUGUAAAAUUUGGAGUUCAUUUUUCACUCUAUACAAAAACCAUUCUGAAUCUAGGAACAGAUAAACAUAAAUAAUAUUUUGAAAAUGCAUAAACUCUUACAGAUAUUGGUAGUUUUAGUCUUACAGAAUUGGGACAUGGUUCUAAUGUAAGAUAAAUCUAAACUACAGCAGUAUAUGAUAAAGAUACAUAAACAUUUAUUAUUAAUACUCCAACAGAUUUAGCCACUAAAUUUUGGAUUGGAGCUACAGCUAAUUUGGCUAAUAUGACUGUGGUAUUUGCUUAACUCUAUAUUGAUGGAAAAUAAUAUGGUGUUCAUGCAUUUCUAAUAGAAAUUAGAGAUAAAAUAAAUCAUAAUGUUAAAAGUGGAAUUACUAUUGGAGAUUGUGGUCCUAAAAAUGGAUUAAAUGGAAUAGAUAAUGGAUUCUUAAUCUUCAAAAAUGUUAGAGUUCCUCUUGCAAAUAUGUUAGAUAAAUUUGCCACUGUUACACCCUAAGGAGAAUUCAAAACUUCUAUUGAAGAUCCAGACAAAAGAUUUGCUGUUCAAUUAGCUUCAUUAUCAGGUGGUAGAAUCAUUUUAACUUAUUAUGGAGCUAUUACAUCAUUAAAUGCACUUACUAUUGGAAUAAGAUAUGCUGCAAUAAGGAAAUAGUUUGGAUUACCUGGAGAGAAGGAAUAAAGUAUUCUUGAAUAUCCUCUUACCUAAUUAAGAUUAAUUGUUCCUUUGGCAUCUACAUUAGUUUAUAUAAUAGCUGCAAAGGCUAUUAAUAAUCUUUGGGAUACUACUUAAAACAAUGUUUUUAAUCCAAACAAAAUGGCUGAAAUACAUGCUUUAUCAAGUGUUUUGAAAGGAAAGUUUGCAACAUUUGCAAAUAAAGUUAUUUUAGAAUGUAGAUAAAUUCUAGGUGGUCAUGGCUAUCAUUCAUUUAAUAGAUUAGGUGUAAUGUUAUAAGAUUAAGAUAUAAAUAAUACAUGGGAAGGAGAUUCUAAUGUAUUAAUGCAAUAAACUUUGAAAUUCUGCAUGGAUUAAAAAAAUAGAUUUAUCAAUAAUCAAAAACCUAUCUAAUAUCCUUCUCUCAAAUUCCUUGAAACUUUCAAAAUUAGACCAAUUAAAUUUCUAAAAGAUGAGGAUUAUUUAUGUCCUAAUAAUAUUCAAUAUCUAUUGGAAUAUAAAUUAGACAAAUAAUUAAUUGAUUUUAUGUAAGAUUUAACAGAAAACUUAAAUAAUAAUGAUAUGUUGAAAUCUUGGAAUUUAUCCUAUGCAUUUAAAGGAUAAUAAAUUUCUAAUUCUUAUGCUGAUUUAUAUUGUUUCUAAUAAUGGUAAGAACUUAAUUUGAAAAAUGAUUCAGUCUUAGAAAGAGUAUUUCAAAUUUGGUGUUUAACUAUAUUUGAAAAUGAAACAGAGUUUUAUAAAAAUAAUGGUAAAAUAUUAUUGUAAAAUAUUAGAAUUUAAUAUUUCUGAUGUAAUUGUUAAGAGAUUAUUAAUGAAACUUAGUAACUAAUUAAAGGAUGAAGCAAUAGGAAUUAUUGAUGCAUUAGCUCCACCUGAUGAAAUCUUAGGUUCAAUCUUUGGAUCUAGUGAUGGAGACAUUUAUAACAAAUUUAUAUAAAAGAUAUAUAGUGGAAAGAAUACUUUCUAAAAAGUACCAUGGUGGGAAUAAAUACAUAACAAAUGA